AUGCAGCGGCCGGACUUCGAAGGCGCAGCGCAGGGUGACGCGGGUGAGCAGAGUCUGGGCUCGCUCGAGAAGCGCGUGAGCAUGGCGGGCGUGAGGGCGGCAAAGCGCGAGCGCUUGCGCGGGGGGACUGGCGGGGGCGCCAACCUCGGCAGCGACGCCUUGGAGGGCGAGAUUCGCGAGCGCACCCAGGCGUGCAUGGCGAAGCAACCGCGACAUCCGCAGGGCAAGGCGUGCGAGCUCGUCGUUUCGAACGCCUUCUUCGACGACCCCCACAAGAGGCAAAUUUUGCGCCGUGCUCUUGGAAUUCGGCCUCUGGACGUUGAAUCCGUAAAGGCCUUCGCCCAGAUCGACCGUGUCUUGCGCCGCCGGAGCGCGUUGUCUACAAUCGCGGAUUUCUGGGCGAAUCGGAGAAUCGCAUUGCGUAGCUGCCAUUUCUUGACGAUCGUCGAGACCGCCGUGAACCUCGGCGCCGAAGCCAGGGCGCCUGCGAAAUCGGUGGACAGGGUAGCUCUGCAGCUCUUCGUUCGCGCGGCCAAAGUGUUGAACUCGCGCAGAAGUGUACUUCGUCAUUCUGGGGCCGGCCCAGCUCUCUGGAAGACGCCACUGGCGAUCUUCGCGCUGUUUUCGCUCGAGCUGACCUCGCGCUGCCGGACAAGAGCGCUCAACGAUGACAACUCGGUGAUCUCCCUGUCGCAGGCCAAGAUGGAGGAGCUGAGCAUGUUCCGUGGUGACAACGUGCUCAUCAAGGGCAAGAAGCGGAAGGACACCGUCUGCAUUGUGCUUGCGGACGACAACCUCGACGACAACAAGAUCCGAUUGAACAAGGUGGUGCGCAAGAAUCUGCGCGUCCGCCUGGGUGACAUCGUGUCGGUGCACGCGUGCGGCGAUGUGCCUUAUGGCAAGCGCAUCCACGUGCUCCCCCUCGACGACACCAUCGAGGGCAUCACAGGGAACCUAUUCGACACGUACCUCAAGCCAUACUACCUUGAGGCGUACAGGCCGGCCCGCCAGGGCGACCUCUUCUUGGUUCGUGGCGGCUUCCGCCCGGUGGAGUUCAAAGUGGUCGGGGUGGAGCCGGGCGAGUUCUGCAUCGUGGCGCCGGACACGGUCAUCCAUUGUGAGGGUAAGCCCGUGAACCGCGAGGACGAGGAGAAGCUCGACGACGUAGGCUACGACGACAUCGGUGGUUGCAAGAAGGCGAUGGCCCAGAUUCGUGAGAUGAUCGAGCUGCCGCUGCGGCACCCCACGCUCUUCAAGACGCUGGGCGUGAAGCCCCCUCGCGGGGUGCUACUGUACGGCCCACCGGGCAGUGGGAAGACGCUGAUCGCCCGCGCCGUUGCCAACGAGACUGGGGCCUUCUUCUUCCUGAUCAACGGUCCCGAGAUCAUGUCAAAGAUGGCUGGGGAGGCCGAGGGCAACCUCCGCAGGGCAUUCGAGGAGGCCGAGAAGAACGCCCCGUCGAUCAUCUUCAUCGACGAGAUCGACUCGAUCGCCCCGAAGCGCGACAAAACGAGCGGCGAGGUCGAGAAGAGGGUGGUCUCGCAGAUGCUCACGCUCAUGGACGGCAUGAAGGGCCGCAGCCAGACCGUCGUCAUCGCUGCGACCAACAGGCCCAACACCAUCGACCAGGCCCUCCGGCGCUUCGGGCGCUUCGACCGCGAGCUGGACAUCGGAGUGCCGGACGACAACGGCCGUCUGGAGGUUCUGAGGAUCCACACGAAGAACAUGAAGCUCGCUCCAGACGUGAAGCUCGAGGACGGGACGUGGCGUCGAACACCCACGGCUUCGUGGGCGCAGACCUGGCGCAGCUUUGCACGGAGGCGGCGCUGCAGUGCAUCCGCGAGAAAGUGGACCUCAUCGACCUGGACGAGGAGACGAUCGACGCCGAAAUCCUCGACUCCAUGGCGGUGA